AUGCGAGAGAGAUUUGCUUUGAACAAGUCAUUUGGCAGGUUUACAAAUCUGUGCGAACCAAUGAAUAUUAAUUUCAUCAUGUAUGCACAUGCACAAACAGCAAAAGAGAGAUAUAAAUGGCAAUCACUUGAGGUCGAGUAUCUUCCAAACCCAAGCGUAGCAUCCAUUCAAAUAAGACCUCCCUGUGAACAACUUCCUUCACUACCUAUAAUCACUUUUUUAUUCACUUUUGCGCCAUCAUCAUUAUCUCAACAUGGAGAUUCGUAUGAAUGGAUGAAGGAGCCGACUUUGAAAUUUUAUUUUGAAAGAUACUUUGCAUUUUUCAAAUAA